AUGUUCCCCGUUGCCAUUGCCCUCCCAUCGCCCUUACCCCUAUCCCCUCCCAUCGCUUCCUCGUGGUCGUCGCCCCUGCGCGGCAUCCUCUCGCCACCCCGCGCGCACUCUUCUCGCCUCCCCGCGCGCGCUUUUCUUGCUUCCCCGCGCGGCCUCCUCUCACCAUCCCGCGCGUGCUCCUCUCGCCUCCCCUCGCGUGCUCCUCUCGCCUUCAUAGCGCGCGAAUCUCUUGCCUCCCCGCGCGGCCUCCUCUCACCUCGUCGCGCAUCCUUCUCUCGCCUGCCCCACGUGUGCUUCUCUCGCCUCCCCGCGCGUGCUCCUCUCGCCUCCCCUCGCGUGCUCCUCGACCCCCCCGCGCGCGCGGCUCUUGCCUCCCCGCGCAUCCUCCUCUCGCCUCACCUUGCGUGCUCCACUCGCCUCCCCGUGUGUGCUCCUCUCUCCUCAUCUUUCGGCGUGACCGCGCCACCGCGUGCGUGCGCCUCUCUCCAUGCCUUGCGUAAUCUAUCGCCUCCCCGCACGUGCUCCUCUCUCCUCACGUUGCUUGCUUCUCUCGCCUUCCCAUGCGUGCUCCUCUCUCCUCACCCUACGUGCUCCUCUCGCCUCCCCGCGCGUGCUCCUCUCUCCUCACCUUGCGUGCUCCUCUCGCCUCCCUGCGUGUGCUCCUCACCCUCUCCCCCUAUCCAUCCUGAAACGUCGUCGUGCCUCAUUGCGAUGCUUGCGUUCACCACUCCACGUCCACCCACUUUCGACGUAUGCGUGUCCCCACCACUCCCCACUAUCCUGACAGGGGCCCCGACCCCGCGCGCCAUCCUCUCGCCUCCCGCGUGCGCUCUUCUCGCCUCAUGCGCGGCAUCCUAUCGCCGCCCCGCGCGCGCUUCUCUUGCCUCCCCGCGCGUCCUCCAUUCACCUUGCGUGCUCCUCUCUCCUCACCUUGCGAAGCUCCUCUCUCCUCACCUUGCGUGCUCCUCUCGCCUCACCUUGCGUGCUCCUCUCUCCUCCCCUUGCGUCCUCCUCUAUCCUCACAUUGCGUGCUCCUCACUCCUCACCUUGAGUGCUCUUCUCUCCUCACCUUGCGUCCUUCUCUCUCCUCACCUUGCGUCCUCCUCUCUCCUCACUUUGCGUGCUCCUCUCUCCUCACCUUGCGUGCUCCUCGCUUCUCACCUUGCGUCCUCCUCUAUCCUCACCUUGCGUGCUCCUCACACCUCACCUUGCGUGCUCUUCUCUCCUCACCUUGCGUCCUCCUCUCUCCUCACCUUGCGACUGCCUCUCUCCUCACCUUGCGUGCUCCUCUCUCCUCACCUUGCGUGCUCCUCUCGCCUCCCCGCGCGUGCCCCUCUCUCCUCACCUUGCGUCCUCCUCUCUCCUCACCUUGCGUGCUCCUCUCUCCUCCCCUUGCGUGCUCCACUCUCCUCACCCUGCGUCCUACUCUCUUCUCACCUUGCGUCCUCCUCUAUCCUCACCUUGCGUGCUCCUCACUCCUCACCUUGCGUGCUCUUCUCUCCUCACCUUGCGUGCCCCUCUCUCCUCACCUUGCGUCCUCCUCUCUCCUCACCUUGCGUGCUCCUCUCUCCUCAACAUGCGUGCUCCUCUCUCCUCCCCUUGCGUGCUCCUCUCUCCUCAGCUUGCGUGCUCCUCUCUCCUCACCUUGUGUCCUCCUCUCUCCUCCCCGCGUGUGCCCCUCUCUCCUCACCUUGCGUCCUCCUCUCUCCUCACCUUGCGUGCUCCUCUCUCCUCACCAUGCGUGUUCCUCUCUCCUCACCUUGCGUGCUCCUCUCUCCUCACCUCCCGUGCUCCACUCUGACAGGUGGGGUGCUCCUCUCUCCUCACCUCCCGGGUUUUGCUCUGACAGGGCAGGGUGCUCCUCUCUCCUCACCUCCCGUGCUCCACUCUGACAGGGCAAGGGUGCUCCUCUCUCCUCACCUCCCGUGCUCCACUCUGACAGGGCAGGGUGCUCCUCUCUCCUCACCUCCCGUGCUCCACUCUGAUAGGGCAGGGUGCUCCUCUCUCCUCACCUCCUGGCAGGGUGCUCCUCUCUCCUCACCUCCCUUGCUCCACUCUGACAGGUGGGGUGCUCCUCUCUCCUCACCUCCCGUGCUCCACUCUGACAGGUGGGGUGCUCCUCUCUCCUCACCUCCCGUGCUCCACUCUGACAGGUGGGGUGCUCCUCUCUCCUCACCUCCCGUGCUCCACUCUGACAGGUGGGGUGCUCCUCUCUCCACACCUCCCGUGCUCCACUCUGACAGGUGGGGUGCUUCCGAACCUGUUGUUUAG